AUGACCCGCGAGCUCUUUUCCGAGUGGCUGCUGACAGUAAACGAGAAGAUGAGGAAGGAGGGGCAGAACAUUUUGAUGAUUGUGGACAAUUGCUUGGCGCACAUUGUCAACAUACGGCUCACGAAUGUGCGUCUCGAGUAUCUGCCGCCGAACUGCACAUCAGUACUUCAGCCACUGGACCAAGGAAUAAUAAGGAGCGUGAAGUCGCCCUUCCGGAAGUGCCUUGUUCAGUGGCUGCUCAUCAACCUGCGCCUGCAGCACUCGACUGCCAUCAACGUCCGAGAGGCUGCGGAAACGCUGACAGGCGCAUGGUGGAGCGUCACGUCCACCACCAACCAAAACUGCUGGAAGAAGGCCGGCCUGACGAUCACAGAUGGCCAACCACAAACCGAUGAACCGGCAGCUGAGGACAGUACGAGCGAGCUUUGGUACGAGGUGGCUGAGCAGCUAGCUGUCGAUCCUUCAGUCACAUUUGACGACUACGUCCAGUGUGACGAGGCGACGUGGACCUCAGCGGAGCUUACCACUGAUGACAUACUGCAGAGCAUCCAGGGCACGGCGAUUGAAGAUGAGGAAUGCAGCGACGACAUGGACGAUGACGUUACGGCAGCACCCGAAGACUGCGACGAGUCCGUGUCGGCCACAGAUGCGUUGGACUGCUUGCAAAACUCCGCAUAUUUAUAG